CCGGCUUAUUACCUUAUGCAACACCUAAGUUAUUUUCCUUCGCCGCGUGCGCGCGCCGCGCCGGGGUUUACGCUGGAAGGGAACCGGUGGUAGGCUUAACUUGUAAUCAUGACUUCAACACUCGCAUUGCUGCCCACCACAAUGCGGUGAGCAUCUCUGUUGACCUUGACUACUGUCUCGCUCGCUUCGAAGAUUGUCUCGUUUCCCUGCCUACCCACUUCUCCCGAGGACCACUCCAACUCUCCUCCCAACAACAUGGCCGCCAAAGUCCCCCUCUCCAGCGUGCUGCCGCCGCUGAUCUUCGGAACCGCGACGUUCAACUACCAAUACAACAAAGACCCAUAUGAAUUGGACACGGCCGGCCUGGUCAAGAUGGCCCUCGAAUGCGGCAUCAAAGCCUUUGACACUUCGCCUUACUAUGGCCCUUCAGAAGACAUUCUUGGCGACGCUCUCGACACAGACUUCAUCCGAAAUAACUUCCCCCGAAACGACUUCUUCUUGAUCACGAAAUGCGGUCGCAUCGCAUCAGACGAAUUCGACUAUUCGAAAGAGUGGAUAUAUCAAAGCGUGCAGCGAAGUCUGCAACGAUUGAAGACCAAGUAUUUGGAUGUGGUGUACUGUCACGAUGUGGAGUUUGUGUCUGAAGAUGAAGUUAUGGAAGCGAUCCACGAAUUACGAAGAAUACGAGAUACAGAAGGCACGGUGAAGUACAUUGGCAUAUCAGGAUACCCACUGGACGCGUUGUGCUCGAUCGCGCGACGGGUGUUGCGAGAGACCGGCGAGCCAUUGGAUGCAGUCAUGUCAUACGCAAACUUCACGAUACAAAACCAGCUGCUGGCGACAAAAGGAAUUCAUCAGCUCCGUGAGGCGGGUGUAGAUGUUGUGCCGAACGCUUCUCCGCUUGGAAUGGGUCUGCUUCGACGAGAAGGUGUACCAAUCGGCAGCAUGGGCAACUGGCAUCCUGCCAGCAAUGAAUUGCGAGCCGCAGUCAAGCGCGCUAGCGACUUCUGCGACAGACACGACGAGAAGCUCGAAGUCAUUGCGAUCCGAUAUGCACUGGAGAAUUGGCUGAAGAUUGGUGCUUCGGUGGGGUCGCGAGGCGAUCCCGCAUCUGGAGUGCCCUGGCAGCCUGAGGAGAACGAACGAUUCCGCGGUGCGCGAUUGGGCGUGAGUGUGAUGGGUGUGAGCAAAGAAAGCGAAUUGCACAAGACUAUGUGCGUUUGGCGAUCAAUCCUGGACGGACUAGAUGGAGGCGCCGAGACGGCACGCCUCGCUGGACGAUGGAAGCGCGACCACGAAUGGAGCUUGAAUCGACAGAAAGCAGUGGCAAUCCUGGCAGACGGUAUCCAAGAACAUCUUGACGCCUAUCUCGACUACACUUGGGAGUCUCCUGGGCCAGGGUUUGUGAAUAGACGUGCGAAAAAGCAGGGCACAUAUCUCGAGCCCGGUGCGAAUGCGCCCGCGAAUUCGCCGUGGACGCCUGCGCAAAGCCCGCAACCCGAUGAGUUACCCGGUCCUCCAGGGGACACACAGCGCUUGGCUCUGCGAUAGAGAAGACAGAGAGGUGACGGGUGGAGGUGGACAGGCUGAACAUGUAUGCAUGCAAGAAAGCGAAGAUGGGGCGGCAAUGUGCGAUUCGUGUAGAGGGCGGUCGGGCUGGGGGAGGGCCUGUGCCAUGUAGCGUGUCUUCGCAUGUUUGAGCGAGAGAGACGGAGCUAUUCUCAUCGUUAUUAUAGAGGAUGAAACGACUAUGAUGAGCUCGCUGUGGGCAAUAAUAGG